GACGCACUCCAUCUACAGUCUCGCUUCAGCCUCGCCACGCCGGACCCCGUCAUCCGCGGAGCGCCCGCCACGCAUCUCCCAGGAGCUUUCCGCCGCGCGCUUCCCUUUUACUCUCCUCGUCGGGUUUUACGCUGGGACGCAUCCGGCAUGGGUCCGGUCUACUGAAAGGCGCGAGAGGUGUUGCCGAACCGUUAGCAGUUUGAGUCUAUAGACGCGCGCGCGGACGCACACACACACACACACACACGCGCGGAGAGACCCGUGAGAACUCGCUCUCCGGCCGAAGACAGAAUAAUGAUGGAGUAUUGGAGGCAGUGCGCGCUGUGGCUGAUCAACUGCAAGGUGCUCCCUACUAACCACAGGGUGACAUGGGAGUCAGCGCAGGUAUUUGACUUGGCUCAGACCCUCCGGGAUGGAGUCCUCCUGUGCCAUCUGCUCAACAACCUGAAGCCCCAGUGCAUCAACCUGAAGGAGAUCAACCUCCGGCCGCAAAUGUCACAGUUCCUGUGCCUGAAGAAUAUCCGGACGUUCCUGUUGGCGUGCAGCGACUCAUUCGGAAUGAAGAAGAGCGAACUGUUCGACGCCUUUGACCUUUUUGAUGUCAGGAACUUUGGCAAGGUUAUGGACACGCUGUCCAAACUUUCCCACACAAGCAUUGCACAACAAAUGGGAGUCAGACAUUUUCCCACAGAGGAGCGCGUGGAAGAUGAGGACAUCUACAACCACCUGGAGGACCUGAUCGAUGAGAACGGCGUGGAGGACGAGGAGGACCUGUACGCCUGCGUGUACGAGGACGAGGAAGGCGGCGAGAUCUACGAGGACCUGAUGAAGACAGAAGCCAUCCCUCCUCCGGCGUUCCAGAAGCAGGCAGAGAUCGACAUCAGGAGUUGCUGCUUAACAGAGAUCAAGCAGACAGAGGAGAAAUACACCGAGACCCUGGAGUCUAUAGAGAAGCACUUUAUGAUGCCCCUCACCGUGUUUUUUUCUACGGUUGAGAUGGAGAAGGUGUUUGUGAAUAUUCCGGAACUGGUUAAGGUUCACAAGGGCUUAUUGCUGGAAAUCCAAGAGUCGGUCCACCAGAGAGGUUCCCAAAACCUUUACCAGAUCUUCAUAAGUUUUAAAGAAAGGUUGUUGAUCUACGGGAAAUACUGCAGUCACGUGGAGACGGCCAUCACCACCCUGGACGACAUCUGCAAAAACAGAGAGGACGUGCGCAUGAAGCUAGAGGAAUGUUCUAAAAGAGCCAAUUAUGGCAAGUUCACCUUGAGAGACCUGCUUGUGGUUCCCAUGCAGCGGGUGUUGAAGUAUCAUCUCCUUUUGCAGGAACUGGUAAAACACACCCAUGACGCCUCUGAAAAAAGUAAUCUAAGGACAGCGCUGGAUGCGAUGAAGGAUUUGGCUCAGUACGUCAACGAAGUCAAACGGGACAAUGAGACGUUGCGAGAAAUAGAGCAGUACCAGAGAUCCAUUGAAAACCUGAACCAGCCUUUGAGCAACUAUGGGAGACCCAAAGGCGAUGGGGAGGUGCGGGUGACCUCAGUGGACAAACGAGCUAAGCAGGACAGACACAUCUUCCUGUUCGACGCUGCCGUGAUCGUUUGCAAGCGCCGAGGGGACAACUACGAGAUGAAAGAAGUGAUUGACCUGCACCUCUUCAAGAUCACCAACAACCCGACGUCCGACAAGGAGAACAGGAAGUGGUCCUACGGAUUCUACCUCACUCACAACCAGGGCCAGAACGGCUUUGAGUUUUUCUUCAAGACCAAAGAGCUGAAAAAGAAGUGGCUGGAGCAGUUCGGCAUGGCCAUAUCAAACAUCCGUCCUGAGAACGCAACCAACAAUUUCCACGAGUUCCGGAUGCACACCUUCGAGAGGAUCACCUCCUGCAACUCUUGCCACAUGCUGCUGAGGGGGGUCUUUUACCAGGGCUACCUGUGCUCCAAGUGUGGCUUAGGUGCCCACAAAGAAUGCCUGGGACGCUUUGGCUGCUGCGGAAAAACAGAUUCCGGCUCCGUCAGAACUCAGAGCAAACAUCGAGAUCCAGGUCUGCCCAAGAUGCUGGUCAUCAGGAACUACUUUGGCGUGCCGAGUCCUGCCUCUGGUCCGGCACUCACCAUCCAGACCGGAGACAUCAUCGAGUUAAUAUGCGCCGACCUGCACAGCCCGUGGUGGCAGGGCAGGAUCCUGUCGACGAAAGAGGCUGGCUUCUUUCCAAGCGACGCCGUGCGGCCGUGUCCGUGUGUACCGAAGCCUGUCGAUUACUCCUCACAGCUAUGGUUUGCAGGUCCAAUAGAGAGAUUUCAGGCAGAAGCAGAACUCAUCAACAGGGUCAACAGCACCUAUCUGGUCCGCCAUCGCAGCAAAGAGUUCACAGAGUACGCCAUCAGCAUAAAGUACAACAACGACGUGAAGCACAUAAAGAUCCUGACCAAGGAGGGCUGCUACUACAUUGCAGAGAACAAGAAGUUCAGGAGCAUAUUAGAGCUGAUCGAGUACUACAAACACCACUCUCUGAGAGAAGGCUUUAAGAGUCUGGACACCACCCUGCAGUUCCCCUACCGGGAACCGGAGAACGCGGCCGUGCACCGCUUCAACCGAUCAGGCAGCAACACUCCAUUGCUCUGCGGCCUCUCUCUCGUAACUCCUGCCGGCUACAGCUUUGUGCCUCCUUCCUCUGCUCCCUUCUGGUCAGGUACAGUGCUGACGCCCAAAGUGAUCGGCGUGGCCAUAGCGCGGUACGACUUCAGCUCCAGAGACACCCGGGAGCUGUCGCUGCAGGAGGGCGACGUGGUGAAGAUCUACACCAAGUCCGGAGCCAACGGCUGGUGGCGGGGCGAGGUCAACGGCCGGGUCGGUUGGUUUCCGUCUACGUACGUGGAGGAGGGCGAGGAGUGAGCCGACCGACGAGCUGGAUUGGAAAAAGGAAAAAGAGAAAGAGAAGACUGAGCGGCGCGGUCGCUCGAUUCUCCUACACGACGCCCUGCUGCCUCAAACCGCCCCAGCAGCCUUCGGCUGAGAGAAAGGGCUACAGUGGGCCACAGGACGCAAACAAGCCCCAUCAUUUCUGCUUGACUCAGUGCGGCGGAGCAGCCUGACCGUCGAGGGGAAACGACGGUCACUUCGUUUCUUCCCCACCAGCCUGCCGCCAUCCGCCCGUCCCAUCUCCCACUUUCUCCCACAAGCGAAGACUCGGAUGCCAUCAACUACAGCCUCUCUAAGGAGUCCCUCUAUGUGAAGUUUUGCUUGUUUGUUUUGUUUGGCUUUGAUUUCACUCUGGAUGGAUUCCAGCCAGUUAUGACCUUGCUCAUGUGUUUGUUCUACAAACCCGGGCCGUUAUUGACGACUCGACGACUCGGGAUUCAUUCGCACCUCCCUCCUUCCUCCUUCAGAUUGCGAUCAUGUCGUCGUCGAGCUCUUACUGGAGGCCAGCGGAGAGCUCCAGGAAAGGCGGGGCGUGAGCGGGGGUGGUCGCCACACAGCUGCCAGCGAUUGAUCGCCGUUGUUCCCAUUUUCUUCACGCUUUAUCUACGAGCCGGGCCUCUCGUGUUGUUCGUCGUUCUGGCCGUGAACGAUCCUCCUGCUCUUAUCGGUGGCGGCUUCUGUCAACAGGAGCCCGUCCGCCGGAGGUUUAUCUUAUUACGGGCAUUAGCGGCCUGUCGGGAGGAGACAGCCGAGCUGCCUGGAAGGCCCGCGCUCACGAAUGGUUUCUUCAGCUUCGUCCUCGCCAGGGGCAACGGCUGACUCGCAGUCCGCUGUCUGCCAAAGGUCUUCACACCCCUUGAACUUCUCCACAUUUUUGAGACAUCGCAAACAAAGUAAUAAACUUGUUUUGCCCCAUUUACUCUGAAAUCCCUCAAUAAAAUUGCAGGUCUUUAUCUUGAGUUGGUUCCACUAACUCACAUGUAAGACUUUUGGAGACCAAAUUUAAAUUUAAGACCAGUAUCUUGACAGAAAUGUUAAAAACAAAAGUCUACUUUGUAUAUUACCGGUGUAUCAUAUUACAUUACAGUAUUCAUAUUUUAUAUAGUAAUAUUGCCGAGCUUUUUUUUUUUUUUUUGCACAGAAUGAAUGUAGCAUAACGUGUGUGGGCAACAGAAGUGAGCCGGUGGCAAAGAUGGAUGUUGGAGAUGAAUUUACUCUCAAACCUGAUAGACACAAAAAAAGCUAGCUAGCUAGCUGAGGCAAAUUAGCAGCUAGUUAGCGGUUGGGUUCUGUGACUCAACCGCUUGGAGUCACAGAACCCAAUGAAGACGUCUGAGUGCGGCUCAACCUGAAAAGUCAGACAAAAAAUAAACUGCAUACAAUACAAAAUUUUAAAAAUAGUUUUAUUUUUUUGCCAACUUUGCAUUUUUCCAAUGAGUUUAAAACAUUUUAAGGCCUUAAUUUCAAAAAGUCUUACCACUAAGACUUUUUAAGGAUGUGUGGAAAUCCUGUUUUAGAGUUUCACGUUGAACUUUACAUGUGGAAUAGUUGAAUGGGUGUGAAUACCUUUGCACAUUUGUCCUAAUUUAUCUUCAGCACGAAAGCCUUUUCCAAGCAAAACUUGUACUUUUCUUCCAUUUUCAACAUCAUUUACAAUCCUCUCUGGAGGUCAAGCGGUAGUCGGCCAAUCACGAGUCGGUCUAAUUUCUGUUCAGGCAACCAGAACACUAUGUUGAAUUUAAAGAAAAAAAAAAAGUUAUUAUUUUUACUUUGCUCUAUAACUUCUUUUCCUGACAUAUUUGGAUCUUUGCGUUCUGCCUCUCUAACAGCCCGCCACACCAGAGGCUGUACGUGUAGAUGUAGGAAAGUGCGUUUGAAGAUGAAGUUUCGGAGCUCAGAUUGAAAUUUAACCGAGAUCAAGGCAGCUGUCACGUUCGAAAAUCAGCCCCGAGGCGAUGCCUUCCCUCCUCAUCUCCCACCCAAUCCACCCCACUGUCACAUUUUCAUUGUGUCGACGCCAAUUCGUAUUGUGCCACAGUUUCGGUUAAUGGUUUCCGUUGUGACUGUUUUGUGGACUUAAUGGGUCCAUUACGUGUGAAAGUCACGAAUAACACCCUGUCACAUCUGACACUCGCUGCUUUUAUCAUGUUUUCUUUUUUUUUUUUUUUGUUCUCCGUCAAGAACGAGUCACAUUAAUGAGUUCUUCUUUUUCUUCUUUUUUAAAUGGGUUUCAAAUCAACAAUUUUAAUAAGUGACCACCAGAUGGAAGCAUCCUAAGCGCAGCUCUUAAAGUCUGGAGAUGACAUCAUAUGAUUAGGAGGAGGAGGGAACUGUGGAGGCAAAAAAAACAGAAGGUUUGAAUUUCUCAGUGAAUCAUAGUUCUGCUUUGGCUUAAAAUUUAAUUUAUGAAUUUCUGCUAUGUUGAUUAUUAACCCUGAAAAUCUUCCUCCAAUAAUAUCGCCAGGAAAACUAUUGGAGACCUUCCUUAUAUAGAUGGAUCACAUCUUCCUUUUGAAAAAAAAAAAAAAAAAAUGGAGCCGGUUCUCUAAUCACAGACUCCAGUAAUCCACUCCCGCUCUUCCUCCUCCUCUUCCUCAGCCUAGUUGACCUCUGACAGCAGGGCCAUUUAAAGCUGCAGGCCUUCCUCUCCUCUUUUUUUUUUUCCUUUUUGGAGCGCAGGAGGGAUUGGUAGGAGGCUCAAGGGUAUCUGUGAUCUAAUCAUUACACCAUCUCCUCACCUCGGCGACCCCGCCGCAUUCAUCUCUCCGUCGGCUCCCGCCUCCGUCUCUCCGUGUCACCUCUCUGUCUCCGUUUUCCCCUCCCCUCCUUCCCCCGCCCGUCUCUCGUCCAGUCUCUCGCGGAGAUGUUCCUCUGCGCAAAGCGUCGACCGGUUUUAACUUGACCUCAAACGAACUUCAUGCCAGUUAUCGGAGAUGAUCUCUGCAUGUGCAGAAAGGACUUCAGAGUGACCAUGUAGACUCCUGUAAUUUCUUUCACCUUCAGGUCCGUCGUGAUGAACGUUUGCGUUCAGAUGUGUCGUGUGUGUGUGUGUGUGUUUUGUUAUGCCAGUAAAGCCAAAGAUGUAUGCUGUAUCUGCUGUCUCUCGUAACCACGGUACCCAACCACUGAGGCCUGACUCUAAAGCGGUGCAAUCCUGACUGUGUAGCAGAACCCUGUAUUGUUGCUGUAUUAUACUGUAAAUGAUGUACAUAGAGCGGAAUAAAGAUAUACACUGCUUCUUCUAA